GUCACUGCAGAACCGAGGUCGCUGCGUGAUGAUGUUGUGAAGUCCUCCUCUCGUCCCUGUCACGCCCUGGCGGUUACUGGCGGCGGCGGCAGCUUCGGCUGCCGCUCUCAGGCUGCCGCCGCUUUAGGGGCUUCGCCCUCAGGGAGCUCGGGCGGAGGACGAAGGACGCCAGGCCAUUCUGGUCAUGACUGUCCAAGGUAUGAUAAUCACAUGAGUGCUCAUUGCUGCAGAUGUCAUUUGACUCAGAGAAAAUCUGUCUAAAAGAAAAUAUCCAUACUACCAGAUCUGUUUCUUUUUCGAAUGGCUUGAUGGAUUUUCUUUACUCUGAUUUAUGCCAAAGCUGUCCAUCUCAACCAAAGCAAGAAAGGAUCCUGCAUGAGUCAAUCCCAGAAUGCCAUUUUUAUAUCAUCAACAGGUGAAGAAAACCUCAUGAAUAGCAAUCACAGAGACUCGGAGAGCAUCACUGAUGUCUGCUCCAAUGAGGAUCUCCCUGAAGUUGAGCUGGUGAGUCUGCUAGAAGAGCAGCUACCACAGUACAAGCUAAGAGUAGACUCUCUUUUUCUGUAUGAAAAUCAAGACUGGACUCAGUCCCCACACCAGCAGCAACAUGCAUCUGAUGACCUCUCUCCAGUCCUUGCUGAAGAAACUUUCCGUUAUAUGAUUCUAGGCACAGACAGGGUGGAGCAGAUGACCAAAACUUACAAUGACAUUGACAUGGUUACACAUCUCCUGGCAGAGAGGGAUCGUGAUCUGGAGCUAGCUGCUAGAAUUGGACAAGCUCUCUUAAAGCGGAACCAUGUCUUGUCUGAGCAGAAUGAAGCCCUGGAGGAGCAAUUGGGACAAGCCUUUGAUCAAGUUAAUCAGCUGCAGCAUGAGCUGUCCAAGAAAGAUGAAUUACUUCGAAUUGUCUCCAUUGCUUCUGAAGAGAGUGAAACUGAUUCCAGCUGUUCUACACCUCUUCGAUUCAAUGAGUCCUUUAGCUUAUCUCAAGGUUUGCUGCAGUUGGACAUGCUGCAAGAAAAGCUCAAGGAACUGGAAGAAGAGAAUAUGGUUCUUCGAUCCAAGGCUUGUCAUAUAAAGACAGAAACUAUUACCUAUGAAGAGAAGGAACAACAGCUUGUCAAUGACUGUGUUAAAGAACUUCGUGAAACAAAUGCUCAGAUGUCCAGAAUGACUGAAGAAUUGUCAGGGAAGAGUGAUGAACUGAUUCGAUACCAAGAAGAGAUCUCCUCUCUCUUGUCUCAGGUUGUAGAUCUUCAGCACAAACUUAAAGAACAUGUGAUUGAGAAGGAAGAACUAAGACUUCACCUACAAGCUUCCAAAGAUGCCCAGCGACAACUGACAAUGGAGCUGCAUGAGUUACAAGACAGGAAUAUGGAAUGUCUGGGUAUGUUACAUGAAUCUCAAGAAGAAAUAAAGGAACUUCGUAGUAGAUCUGGCCCUGCCGCUCAUCUCUACUUCUCCCAAUCCUUUGGAGCUUUUACUGGGGAAUCUUUGGCAGCUGAGAUUGAGGGCACCAUGCGUAAAAAGUUGAGUUUAGAUGAAGAAUCUUCUUUUUUUAAACAAAAAGCCCAACAGAAACGGGUAUUUGAUACUGUCAAGGUUGCCAAUGACACAUGGGGCCGCUCUGUCCCAUUCCCAGCUCUGCUACCCAUCCCAGGCUCCAACCGUUCAAGUGUCAUCAUGACAGCAAAACCUUUCAAGUCUGGUUUACAGCAGACAGAGGACAAAAUACUCCUGACCCAGGGGAGCAACUCGGAGGAGAUUCCAGGGAACUCUCAGAAGAUGGGCCAACCAGGACCCUCUAGAGAUAGUGAUUUGGCUACAGCACUGCAUCGUCUUAGCCUGCGUCGACAGAACUAUUUAAGUGAGAAGCAGUUCUUUGCUGAAGAAUGGGAGCGGAAGAUCCGGGUUCUGGCUGACCAGAAAGAAGGGGUUAAUGGCUGUGGCACCCCCACAGAGAGUCUUGCCUCUCUCUGCAAUGACCAGUCAGAGAUUACAGACUUCAGCGGUGCCAGUUGCCUUCGAGGGUUUAUGCCAGAAAAAUUACAAAUUGUCAAGCCCCUUGAAGGAUCACAGACUCUCUAUCAUUGGCAACAGCUUGCUCAACCAAACUUGGGAACCAUUCUUGAUCCACGACCUGGUGUCAUUACUAAAGGCUUUACCCAGUUGCCCAAAGAAGCCAUCUACCACAUCUCAGAUUUAGAAGAGGAUGAAGAAGAGGGUAUUACUUUUCAGGUUCAACAGCCUCUUCAAGUGGAACAUAAAGCUUCAAUAUCCAAGCCAGUAACAGGAAUCUUCCUACCACCCAUUACUUCAGCAGGUGGACCAGUUACAGGUGCAGCCUCAAACCCAGGAAAGUGUCUGUCAUGCACGAACUCGACAUUCACCUUCACCACCUGUAGGAUAUUACAUCCCUCUGACAUCACUCAAGUUACCCCCAGCUCUGGUUUCCCUUCAUUAUCCUCUGGAAGUAGUGGUAGCAGUUCAUCAAACACGGCUGUGAAUUCUCCUGCUGUGUCCUACAGACUCAGCAUUGGUGAAUCUGUCACCAACCGACGAGAUUCUACUAUCACCUUCAGUAGCACCGUGAGCUUGGCCAAACUUCUACAAGAGCGAGGCAUCUCUGCUAAAGUGUACCACAGCCCAAUUUCAGAGACCGCCCUCCUCCACCCUCUCCCUAAAGCUCUGGCUAUCCCUUCCACACCACCAAAUUCACCAUCUCAUUCACCUUGCCUUUCUCCUUUGCCCUUUGAGCCUCGAGUACAUCCCUCUGAAAAUUUUUUGGCCUCCCGACCAGCUGAAACAUUCCUCCAGGAGAUGUAUGGCUUGAGACCUUCCCGGAACCCUCCUGAUGUUAGCCAGUUGAAGAUGAGCUUAGUGGACAGGCUGAAAAGAUUGGGGAUAGCCAGAGUGGUCAAGACCCCUGACGCCCAGGAGAAUGGAAGAAGCCAAGAGGCAGAAAUUGGUCUUCAGAAACCAGAUUCUGCUGUUUAUUUAAAUUCAAGUAGCAGUUUAUUGGGUGGAUUGAGGAGGAAUCAGAGCCUUCCAGCUAUGAUGGGUAGCUUUGGCACCCCGGUUUGCACAUCCUUACCUAAAAUGGGUAUCCUGAAGGAGGACUGAGGCUCAGUAGUUAGCUGACCUCGUGUACAAAUCAGCACAUGCAGGAUAGAUAUGCACUGAUACAUGUGGUCUGGUCUGACUCGAGAGAAAAGGAAUGUUGCAGAAGGGUCGUGAGGGUGGAAAAGAGGAAGUAAGUGGGGAAAUGGAAACAUAAUUGGGAUGAGGCUCCAAUGGAUGCAGUUUGGUAAAUUGACAGUAUAAAUGAAUGGGUGGGCUGUGAGUGUUUGGAGGCAGAAAAGGAAGAAAGGUUUAAUACACUCCUUCAGUUGAGUUUUCUUGUCUUAAAAAUAAAAAGUGAGUAGAAAAUAAGUUUAGGUAUAUUGAAACAGAAAUACUGAAGUUGCUGGCACACUUACUUCUGACAAACAUAAGCAAGGAGAACCCAGGUUAGAAAGAUGGGAAGAGGAAAGGAGUAGCUUUGACUGUUGCUUAUAGAAAGCUGUUCUGAAGGUUGGGAGGGUAAGCUUAAUCUGUUACCGAGACAGUAGUGAGAUGCCUUAUAUAUUUCCCCUGUUAAUGUUUGGUUAAAUUAUGUAUCCAUCAAAUGGUAUGCUCAUAGCAUUAGCAAAACGAACAGUUUUAUCAUUGUCAUUAGGUCAUAAGUGGAGACUCUCUUUUUCCUUUCUGUUCUCAGGCCUUUGAGCCAUUGGGAGCCCAAAUAUCACUCAAAUUCUUUUGUAUUUAUGAUUAAUAAAAAUUCAUUUUUUUAAUUUGUAUUUUUAUACAACAUACCCAAAAAACAAUGUGGGUAGAGGGUGGGAGGGAUUUACUUUAAGAAGGAAGAUAUGGGUAAAUUGGAACCAAGGAAAUUUGUUUUUAGAAUAUUUCUUCUGGAUAAUGCAGUAGCCAAGGAAUACAAACAGAAGUGCAUGUCUUUCAAAUUUCACUGGAGGCUGGAAGGAGAUGUGUAAUCAAUAGGAAUUAGGAAUGUUGUAUAUUUAUAUGUGUAAAAAAAAUUUUUAAGGAAAGUUUGUUGCAACUAACUUUUUCCAAAGUAUGCUAUGCAUAUUUUUAAUGAAAGAUGACAUGUAUUUGCACAAAAAUUCUCAGGCACAUUAAAUUAUUAUAAAUUGAAGUAAAACCCAGGUGCUUGCUUUGAGAUUGUGUGAUAUGUUUUCCUAAUGUAAAAUAAAAUUGAAAAAUAUCUGCCUUGUUCUUAA